AUGGGAGAGAAGCCUGGCUCCCAGGGAGCAGGACACCUGUGCAACUGCAGCUCGGUGGGCAGUGCUGGGUGCAACCACACGACGGGGCAGUGCCUGUGCAAGGCUGGCUACACGGGGCUGCACUGCCACAGCUGUGCCCACGGCUUCUUCCCCGAGCAGGGGGGCCAGCAGUGCCAGCCCUGCAGCUGCAGCCCUGCAGGAGCCACCAGUGACCAGUGUGACCACUCUGGGAAGUGCCAGUGCAAAGUUGGUGUCACGGACCUGAAGUGUGACCGGUGCAGUGAGGGCUACUACAGGUUCAACGAGAGCACGUGUGAGCCCUGCCAGUGCAACAACCACUCCCAAACCUGCGACAGCUCCACGGGCACCUGCCUGGACUGCCAGGAGAACACUGAGGGGAAGCACUGUGAGCUCUGCAAGGAGGGUUUCUAUCAGAGCACCCACGGCUGCCAGCACUGCCCCUGCUCCAUUGUGGCAUCCACUGGCACCUGCCACAUACAGCCUGGUGAGAGCAUCCCGAGGUGUGACAAGUGCAAACCAGGGUACACUGGCCUCAACUGCAACCAGUGUGACAAGGGCUACUACAACUCGGACAGCAUCUGUGUGAGGUGUAAGUGCAACGGGAACGUGGACCCGGCGCUGUCCCCCAGCGUGUGCCGGCCGGACAGCGGCGAGUGCAUCGGCUGUCUGUACCACACCACGGGCUUCCACUGUGAGCUGUGUCAGGAGGGCUACAGCAGGGACUCCGAGGGCACCAACUGCACCAGGAAAGAAGCCACUCUUGGCCCAGAACCAACGGAGUUUACAACUUCUGCUCCAAAUACCACCAAGGCCACAUCCUUUUCCACAGCAGUGCUAAACAGUACUUUGUCACCAACAACUCUACAGACAAUAUUUCCCAUAAGCUCCUCUGACAACAGCACCUCUGCUUUCGCAGAUGUUUCGUGGACUCAGUUUAACAUCAUUAUUUUGACAGUGAUCAUCAUUGUUGUGGUCCUACUAAUGGGCUUUGUGGGUGCUGUCUACAUGUACCGUGAGUAUCAGAACCGAAAACUUAACGCUCCCUUUUGGACCAUUGAGCUCAAGGAGGACAACAUCAGUUUCAGCAGCUACCACGACAGCAUUCCCAACGCUGACGUGUCGGGGCUGCUGGAAGAUGAUGGCAAUGAGGUGGCCCCGAAUGGACAGCUCACGCUGACGACUCCCAUGCAUAAUUAUAAAGCUUAGAAGUCAUCCAGCUCUUCCAAAGUUUGCUUUUCAAAAAGUUACAGGGCUUGUGGAGGGGGUGUCAGGAUCCGUGCCAGGGCUCCACGCAGAGGAAUUUGCUCUUCAGAUACUCUCUGGUGCCAGGCGUGCUGUAGCUUGCAGGUGGACAGAAGACAGUGUAGUACAUCUGAGUUUCAGGUAGUGUGGUGAAAUGCAUUCAGUGUCCUGUUCUCCAUAAAGAUCCAUAGAAUUCACUGUUGCUAUAAACUGGAUUAUGCUGAAUUGAAACAUUUUUUAUGAAGAGGUGGUGGGGUGGAGAGAGCAGAACCCGAUGAGGAGUCAGAAGCUACUUGGUUUCCAGCCAACCCAACACUUGUGUCUUCAUCCUUUAGUUUGAGAAGUAGCUCAUGAUUUAACAGUGGAAUUUCAGGAAACAGAUCUUUGGAAAGGCAUCAUCUUCAUUCCUGACAGAAACUUACUUGAAAAGGAGAACAAAAAAAAAAGGGAAGUAAUUGUUCACUGUACUACCAAAAGGCAAGUAGGAGGAGUGAGUUGCACACUUUAAAAAGUCACCAUUAUCUGUUCCCACUAAGCAGGAAAAUGGGAAAAAUUCUUAAGAACAUUGAGUUAGGGAAGAGACACAGCUUUUCCCUUUCUGAGUAUUUAUACAGGGUGAUGAUGCUAUUAAGACAUAGCAAUCCAUUUUUUUCUAGAAGGAGUUAAUGAACUUGUAUAGUUUCUGUGCAAGGGAAGACGACAAGACAUCUCAGGGUUGCCAUGUAAAAAUAAAAGCCAGGCUUAAUACCCUACCCUGAUAGAAAUGGUGUGUUCUGUAUAUAAAAUGUAAUAUAUCU